GACGCGAAAGCAAUUAAGACCGGCUUCCACGCCUCUGAGUUUCUUGGCCUGCCCGGCACUCGUAGAAUCCGCCCUCUACCGGUGACGCACUUCCGCGCCGCCGCUCCAGAGGACGCGUGUUCGAGUCCCCCUUAGGCCGCCAUGGCGGGCGCGCAACCGGAGCCCGGUCUUGUCGGCGGUGGCGCCUCGACUCUUCCCGGCCGGAGCCACAGCGCCGUGCGCGUGGCUCCGCUGGACCCCGAGCAGCUGCGGCGGGUCCUUGAGCAGGUGACUCGGGCGCAGCCACCGCCCCCCGCGCUGCAGGACGCGCGGCGGCUCCGGGUCGCGGCCCAGCAGGCCGCCCCGCAGCGGGGCCCGGGCGCCGAGGCCCCGCGCCUGCUGCUGCCCCAGCAACUUGAGGCCAUUUGUGUCAAGGUGAUGUCUGGUGACACAAAAAGUAAGGAAAGGCCAAUGCCCCCUCUGGCCGUCAUCCGGCCCAAAACAGCAAGACAAAGUCAGCUCCCUGGGAGAAGCUCCAGCCGGGGUCUUGGUGUCUCCAGCCCACAGCUGCUCAGGGUGCAGGCUCUAGGGAGGACUGGAUCACAGCUGCACUUCCUGGGAGGCUCCCCCCAGCCUCCUGCUCCUCAGGUGUUUGUACAGAAGCCACUGCCAGCCCUUCAGCCAGUUCCUUUGAAGAGAGUCAAGACCCACCAGACUGCAAAUGGACAUGGUACCACUCUGAGCCCUUUGGCAGCCUGUAGCCCAUGCGUAGUAGCACCUGUCUCAUCUGCUUCAGCUCGUCUGUGUAUUUCCAGCUUGCAUACGGCACAGACAGAGAAAUUGAAGAAAUCUUUAAAGGUGAAAACACGAUCUGGGCGGAUAUCCCGGCCUCCCAAGUAUAAAGCCAGAGAUUAUAAAUUCAUCAAAACAGAGGAUUUAGCCGAUGGGCAUCUGUCAGAUUCUGAUGACUAUUCAGAGCUGAGUGUGGAAGAGGAGGACGAGCAGAGGGAGAAGCCUGUGCUCUUUGACAUUGAGGGCUGUGCCCUGAAGCCCAAGGCCUUUAAGUGUCAGACUUGUGAAAAGUCAUACAUAGGAAAGGGAGGACUGGCGAGGCAUCUUAAACUCAAUCCAGGCCAUAGCCAGCUGGAGCCUGAGGUGUUGCUGUCCAAGAAAGCUAAUGGGAGCCUGACCCCAGGGUGCACAGACUCAAAGACCAGAGGCCUGGCUUCCCCCAAACCAUCCACACCAGCUGCUGUCUGCAUGGAGGAGGCAGAGGCAGCAUGGCGUACCCCACAGAAUGGUCAGUCUAUGAACGUUGAAGAGACACAGAUACCUGAACCAGAAAAUAGAAGUCCCUCAGCUUAUCUGAGACCAAAGAAAGACCUAGAACCUAAAGAUGGAAAGUGGGAACGCCAGGCAGAAUUCAGCACCGCCAGCCUCCAGGAGAGCGGAGUAGUCCAGCCCAACAGUGACCCUGCUGUACCUUCGGGGCUGAGUGUGUCCAGCAGAACCCAGCUCCAGGAGGCUCUCAGGCAGUGUGGCCAGGAGGAGCUUGCAGAACUGGUGCUACCGCAGCUGGCUCAGGUGGUGACCCUGUAUGAGCUUCUCCUGGUGAAGGGCAGAGCUGAAGAGAGCUGUAGCACCCAGAGCCUGUCAGUGACAGUUGAGAAAAGUCCCAGACAGAAGCCUUUCUUCCCUGCCGUGUACAAGGAGUUUGAAGAGUUGUAUGGUGUGGUGAAGAGAAUGUGUCAAGAUUACCUCAGCAGCUCUGGCCCGUGUUCCCAGGAGCCCCUGGAGAUAACCAACUAUGAGGUUGCCAGGUCAUUAGGAAUCACAGAAUUCCUGAGGAAGAAAGAGACACACUGGAGCAGUGCAUCUAAGUGCUCCAGCCAUGAGAGAGAGGGGAAGCUGGAGGAAGCCAGUGGACAGAAGAGAGAGAGGGAUCUGGGAGUGGUGGCCACAGCGGAGGGGCUGCUCAUAGGGAAAAAGCCCCGAACAGCAGCUCUGCCCACAGAUGUUCCUGAGUGUCCUAACAUCAGUGGAUGCCAACAGAAGCCUGGGCCCUCGUGUGCUCCAGCCAACGACAAGGGUUCUGCCCCUGCAGCCAUUGAGAAGCCCUCUCACUGCUCUGGAGGAAUCUGUGGGGACAUGGUUCCUUCUAGUGGUGGACAUGUGCCACUUGCAGGCCAGCAGCUCACAGUGAUGAUGACUCAUGACUUUGAAGCCAGGUGUGGCUCUGCAGACCCUGCUCCCCUGUGUCAGGGUGUCAGUAGGUCAGCUCUUUACUCCCAGGUAGCAGAGCCCAGAGGGCUGCCUCCAGCUCAGAAGUCAGCGUUUUCUGAAGAGAAUGCUUCAGCACGAACUGUAGAUCAGGAUUCUGGGAUCAUCCAGCGGAGCAGCAGGGUCGGUGGCACUGCAUCAUCAGGUGGAAAAGUGGAAUCUCCAUUCCGUGGAGAAUCUGGAAAUGCAGAGGCAGGAGACCUCAGAGAGACAAGCCAGCCCCACCUCAGUGGCCAGCAGGCUAGCCCCAGCCAUGUCCUGCUUGUAAAAACCGCAGCCUUUCCACUCCAGAAUACCUUACCAACUGCCUGUGUUUCUAAGACUAUGCCAGAGUCACCUCGUUCUGCACCAGAUGGGUCACUGUCCACUAAUGGGGGUUCCAGUGUUGGAAGUGAAGCUGGGGACAUAAGCCAGGUGCUCUCUAGGAUGGAGACACGUGGUCAGAGAGGGCCAGAGACCAUGGCUGCUGUGGGGAAAGCCCUGGCUUUUGAGAAUUCUGAUAUAUGCCAGGAAGUGUUGUCUCAGGGACAGGAGCAGAUUUUUAUUCAGACUUCCAAUGGGCUUCUUUUGUCCCAUCCGAGUACCACAGUGUCUCAGGAAGAGGAUGAUAUCAUAGUGACUAAUGCAGGGGGUUCUAUGGUGAAGUUUGGCCAGUAAGAAGGGGUUGCUCUUAAAGCCAUGGAGGCCUUCCUCGCUGUGGAGGCAGAGGCCUUUCAGUGACCAGGAAUCAGAUGUGGUGUGUGUGGUGUUUUUUGUUUUUUUUUUUUUUUUUUUGAAGCAGGGUUCCAUGUAGCCCAGACUGGCCUUGAACUCCUAGUCUUCCUGCCUCAGGGAUGUCCCGCCAUGCUGGGAAGAACUUUGAACCUAUAUUUGUUUGGAUUUUAUUCACAGAAGGUCCAUUUCGGGCACUGUGUAUUUUCUAAUGUGAAUACUGACACAAAUGAGCCAUUUAUUUAUAAAAAAUAAUGUAGCUGGGCACAAUGCCACAUGCCUGUAAUUCCAGCACUCAGGGAGCAGAGGCAGGCUGAUCUCUGUGAGUUUAAAGCCAGCCUGGUCUAUAAAGCAAGUCCAGGAGAGCCAAGACUAUACAGAGAAACCCUGUCUCAAACAAACAAUCAAAACCUAUAAAUAAAACAAAAUAAAGAAUAAUGUUUGUCAUACUA